AUGUGUUGCUGCCCUACACCGUAUGUUGCAUGCUCCCCGAAUGAGUCUGACAAAACGUGUUUGACGGGCCUUCGGCAGGAGAUCAAGAAAGCCGGCACAUUGAGCAUGGACGGCCUUCUCAAAGUUCGCAAUGAGCUGUUGAACUCUCAGCCGGCGACAUGCGGCAAGUACUUCCUCGUGACAAAGAAAGCCGAGUGUGGUAAGUGGCCGAAAGAGAUGCCGUUGCUCAUGUGCGAGAUGCUGACGUGGCAGUGGGAAGAACUAGGUGAUGGCAACAAGCCGGAGUUUGACCUGUAUGAUUGCCCGAUGGUUACCGCGAACCAGGCAAAAAACGGCGACGACCGAAAAGGUCACUCUCUCUCCUGGGACCCUCUGAAGCAG